CAGUCCAACUCCAACCCAACACGCACCCGGAGGAGGAAAAAGGUCGCCCUUUUCCUUGUUCCUUUAUAGGGCUGGCCCUCUCUCUCUCUCUCUCUCUCUCUGGUGCCCAUGAGAUCCGCCUCUCGCAGAAGAGACUAAUUUCAAUUCCCACCGCCGAUGGGGUCCAUCAAAACCGAUCCUGUUCCCGGGUCAUGAUGAUCCCCACUUGUCUCUUCUUGGUCUGCUAGAUUCUGCAACAAAGGUCCCCCUUUUUUGUUUUUCCUUGCCUCUGGGCAAACUCCGUUCGAUCGUAAUGCGAGCUGGGAGCCCCCGACCCGCCGACGCCGGGACCCCGGUCCACUCCAUCCGAGCGUUGUCGGACACCAGAGGGAAGCACCGGAUACAAGCCGAGCUCAAGCGCCUCGAGCAAGAAGCUCGAUUCUUGGAGGAAGAACUUGAACAGCUUGAAAAGAUCGAGGAGGCCUCAGUGGCAUGCACAGAAACAUGUCAAAAUGUCGAAAAGCAGCCCGAUCCUCUACUACCAGAGACAAGUGGUCCAAUAAAUCCCGCAUGGGACCGGUGGUUCGAGGGUCCACAGGAGUCAAGAGGCUGCAGGUGCUGGCUAUUCUGUUGGAGAGGUUGCUGACUCCAAAGACUUAAACAUUGCAGAGACUUUGAAUUAUAGAGUUUAAGGUGUUGAUAGAAUAUAGGGUUGUCGUUGGCAAGUGACUGUGCCGUGUUGUGCAGAGGAUGUCAUUCUUAGCAUUCUUUUCUAUCGGCCGAAUCAUUCAACAAAAUUUUCCAUUUGUGCAGAAGAUUUAACGGUUCUUCCUCUCGGCAAAGCAAAUGGGACUGGUGCUUAUGUUUUCUCCCAA